AUGGCAGGUAUGAAAGAGGUCUCUGGCAACAAAACAGGAGAGAAUCUAGCUUUUGUAGUGAUAGAGGUUAUUAAGGAUUGGGAGGCACUUGAUCAAGCAGUACGUAGCUAUGACUAUGAGUAUAAGCUACGUACGUUCCUUUCCGAUCUUCCACAAAUCCGACAGCAAUCCUUAACUGUCCGGACAAUUCAAUCAGGUUGGAGAAAUGCAGGACUAUAUCCAUAUAAUCCUCCACUAGUAAUUGAUAAAAUACAAGAGACCCGGAAUCAAACACCAGACUAUGAGCCAUUUGCUUCGUACGACCUUAUCUCAACUCCAAAAACUAGUGUGCAAACUAUACAGGCAGUUAAACAUUGGCAGAAGAGAGUAGAGGCAGCUUUCUCAUCACCGUCAAGAGAAGGGUUUCAAUCAUUUGCACGUGGAACUACAGUUGUUUUACAUCGGGCUGAGCUCUAUAAGACCGAGCUUGACAUUGUUACCUUAUGGUCAGCAGAGCAGAAAACAGCAAAGGCAAGGGCAUGGAAAUCGCUACAGAAGGGGGGGCAGUUAUAUGCAUCAGACGCCCGACUGUUACGUGAGGAGAAGGAAGCAAAAUUACAAGCAAAGGCAGAGGCAAGAGUAGCAAAGGAAUCAAAGCAAGUAGUAAAGCAGCUACAGGUGCAACAACAGAAAAUUGAAAUCGAAGAGCGAAGGGUUGAGAGGAAGAGGGUAGCAGAGCGGAAGAAGGUUGGGUUAAAAUCCAAAGUGAUAAUUUUACGGUAUGGUAAGGAUCAUAGUGAUAGUAACAUUGAGAUUAGUAGCGACAGUAGUAGUGGAGAUAGUGAUAGUAGCUCUAUUGAUUUUAUUAUUUAA